CAGCCAUCCGCACUCAUUAUUCAUCCGGUCCAUGCGAACCCAUGCGGUCAUGCUGGCGGACGUUCCUGCAUUGUUGGCGGACGCCCGCUACUACUCACCGGAUUGGGCUGCCCCUUGAAAGGAUACCUCCACUCGCCAGACGAUAUGCGCAAGCGUACAGACCGCAGUCCGAAUUGGAGAAGCGCAUUGCCGAAAUUCCCAUUGAACGGUACCGGAACUUCUGCAUUGUAGCGCAUGUCGACCAUGGCAAGUCGACACUGUCGGACCGCCUCCUGGAGCUCACUGGUACGAUCCAGCCUGGGGAUAACAAGCAGAUUCUGGACAAGUUGGACGUGGAGCGAGAGCGCGGAAUCACAGUCAAGGCGCAGACAUGCACCAUGAUCUACAAUCACAAAGGCGAGGAUUACCUGCUGCACUUGGUUGACACGCCGGGCCAUGUCGACUUCCGUGCCGAGGUUUCGCGGAGUUAUGCUAGUUGUGGAGGAGCCCUUCUUCUAGUCGAUGCCAGCCAAGGUGUGCAGGCACAAACGGUCGCCAACUUCUAUCUCGCUUUUUCGCAAGGUCUCACCCUUGUGCCGGUCAUUAACAAGGUUGAUCUGCCUCAUGCGGACCCACCGCGGGUCCUCGAGCAGAUGAAGGACACUUUUGAGCUUGAUCCGGACAGCGCAGUCCUCGUCUCUGCCAAAACCGGCCUGAAUGUGGAGGCUUUGUUGCCAACCGUUGUGGAACGGAUUCCUGCGCCGGAAGGAGACAGUUCAAAGCCACUGCGACUGCUGCUCGUGGACUCUUGGUACGAUGUAUACAAAGGAGUUGUCUUGCUGGUGCGGAUAUUUGACGGCCAGGUCCGUCCAGGAGAUACGAUCCGCUCAUUCGCCACGGGCCUGAAGUACACAGUGGGCGAAGUAGGUAUCAUGUAUCCGGAUCAAACACCGCAAACGGUGCUAAAGGCGGGACAAGUCGGCUACAUUCACUUCAAUCCUGGCAUGAAGAAGUCCCAGGAAGCCAAAGUUGGUGAUACGUACACGACGGUUGGAUCUGAGAAACUUGUGGAACCGUAUCCGGGGUUUGAAGAGCCGAAGAGCAUGGUGUUUGUCGCGGCUUUCCCCACAGACCAGGACAACUACGAGCAUCUGGAAGACAGUAUCAAUCAGAUCAUUCUCAACGACCGCAGCGUCACCAUCCAAAAGGAAUCCUCCGACGCGCUAGGCGCAGGCUGGCGUCUUGGCUUCCUAGGCACUCUCCACUGCUCCGUCUUUGAGGACCGCCUCCGCCAGGAACAUGGCGCUAACAUCAUCAUCACGCCUCCUUCCGUCCCCUUCAAAGUCGUCUGGAAAGACGGCACCAGUUCCAUCAUCUCCAAUCCCAACGAGUUCCCGGAUCAAGACACGCACUACGGCAAAGUCGCCGAGGUGCACGAACCGUACGUCUCCGCAACCAUCACCCUGCCCGACGAAUACCUAGGCAAGGUCAUCGAGCUCUGCGAAGCCAACCGUGGAGAACAGAAGGAACUAACCUUCUUCACCGCCACCCAAGUCAUCCUGAAAUACGACCUCCCCCUGUCCCAUCUCGUUGACGACUUCUUCGGCAAGCUAAAGGGAACCACAAAGGGCUACGCCUCCCUCGACUACGAGGAUGCCGGAUUCCGCAAAUCCGACAUCUCCAAACUGAACCUGCUCGUUAAUGGCGCGCCCGUCGACGCCGUGAGCCGCGUCCUUCACUCCAGCCAAGUCGACCGCGUCGGCCGCGCAUGGGUCGAGAAGUUCAAAGAGCACGUCGAUAGGCAGAUGUUUGAAGUUGUCAUCCAAGCAGCGGUGGGGCGACGCAUCAUUGCCCGUGCGACGAUCAAGCCUUUUAGGAAGGAUGUGUUGGCUAAGUUGCACGCGAGCGACGUGAGUCGGAGGAGGAAGCUGUUGGAGAAGCAAAAGGAGGGCAGGAAGAAGUUGAGGGCGGUGGGGAGUGUCGUUAUUGAUCAAGAGGCGUUUCAGAGCUUUUUGGCGAAGUAGAGUAGGAAGCACUUGUUUCGGAGGAAGACUAUGUAUAUAUGCAUGUAUGAUAGUGUAGGAAUACCAUGUAUAUAUGGGGAAGCUACAUAAUGGUAAUGCAUAUGGACAUUGCUCAUGUACCGCUAUAUUCGUACAUAUUUCAGAUAAUUCCGGCAAU